UUUAGUCGUUAUCAUGAUUAAAAUAUAAAUUGUAUUCGCCUAUAAUUAGUAAAAAGCACUUUAAACGUUAUUAGGUUUUUUUUUUAGAAGUGUGAUGUAUUUCUAAAUAAAUGAAAAUUUUAGUCGGUUAAUGUUUUGGAAUGGUAUUAUUAAAGAAAUAAAUUAAUGUUUAAACUUUGUAAUACCGUAUAUGUCUACAAUCCUUUUAUGUUUUCAGAGAACCAGAAAACGAAGGUGCGAAGAUGGGUCUCCCGCACAUCACGUCAUUCUGCUGGUGCCUCGGUCUUGAGGCCGGGACCAAGCUCAUCGGCUACGUACAUUUGAUCUUAUCCUUCGCGCUGAUGGUAGUAAGCGCUUUGUACGCGGAGAGCCUACGAGCUCUCGCGGGUACAGUAGAGGAUGCAGAGGACCACCUGUAUAGUACGUGGUACAAGAUCUCCAUCGGCGUCGCUGUGUUCACGGUUGUACACGUGCUGCUGGCUGCCACUUUGCUGUACGCCGUGUUUGCGAGGAACACAGUCGCGCUACGCGGCUGGGUGUACGUGAUGAUAGUUCUGUACAUCGUUUCACUCAUCUACGUGAUCGUGUCGAUGACCUUCGGCUUUUCUGCGAGCGGGUCGCACAUCUUCUUGUCUUUCCUAGAAGGGGUUGUCUUCUUUGGUAUCCUGGCGUACUGUAUCCUGUGCGUCAACAGUUAUUAUCUGAUGCUGAAGAGCGCUGAGGAUAUGGAAGGUCCCAACAAAAAUAGCCGUAGUGGCGUUUAAUACGACAGACAAGAAAAGUACCAAUUAUACCUUACUUAAUUUAAGUUUUUAAUAUUGAUCUUUAUAUUUUAAUUAGUUAAUUGAAUAUAUUUGUGUUACGAAUAACGUCAAAGGAAUUAAAAUGGCGUAAUAUUUUA